CCUCCGCGUUUAUUUCCGGAAGUAAGUUGUUGACAGCCUCAGGGUUUUCCCACAAGGAUUAUUUUAUCUCACAUUCACAGCUCCGCCGCGACAGGUGUGUCCCCACACACAGGAUGGCACACUGGUUUCACAGAAACCCCCUGAAGGCAACAGCGCCGGUGUCCUUCAACUACUACGGAGUGGCAGGGAGCCCCGCAGCCAACAAGAUCUGCAAUGACCUGAGGAUGACCCGGGCCAGACUGCUGGAGAUGUUCACCGAUGUCACCUGCACCCCCGAGAUCAUGAAAAAUGCCACAGAUGCGUACUUCUCCCUCCUCCAAGGCUUCAUCGUGUCUCUGGAUGGAACCACACAGGAGAACAAGAUGAGGUUCAUGCAGAACUUCAAGUGGACCGACACCUUACAGGGAAACUCACCAAGUGCCCAGCAGGAUGCAGUCUUUGAACUGGUCUCCAUGGCCUUCAACGUCGCCAUCUGGUACACCAAGUUUGCCUCGAGACUAGCGGGGAAGGAAAAUAUUUCAGAGGCCGAGGCUAAAGACGUCCACCGGAGCCUGAAGGUUGCAGCUGGAAUAUUCAAGAUGCUCAAGGAGGUCCACAUCCCUCGCCUCAUCACCCCGGCGGAGAAGGGCCGCGACCUGGAGCCCAGAGUGCUCGAUACUUAUCUCAUCCAGUGUCAAGCAGAAGCACAAGAAGUGACGAUUGCCAGAGCGAUUGAACUGAAGCACAACGCCACACUCAUCGCCGCCCUGGCGUUCGAGACGGCGAUCUUCUACCAAAAAGCCGACCACACGCUCAACACCCUGGAGCCGGAGUGCAGCAGCAAGUGGAGGAAGUACCUUCAGCUGAAGCAGCACUUUUACAUGGCUUAUGCGUUCUGCUACCACGGACAGACCCUGCUGGCCAGCGACAAGUGUGGAGAAGCUAUAAGAUCUCUCCAGGAGGCCGAGAAGUGUUACUCCCGUGCCGAGGCGCUGUGUAAAGAGUACCGUCAGACCAAAGGCCCGGGAACCACGGCCAAACCCUCCGAACAGCUGUUCUUCCUCAAGCUGGGCGGCCUCAUUAAAAACACGCUGGAGAAGUGCCAGAGAGAAAACGGCUUCAUAUACUUCCACAAGGUCCCUGCAGAGGCGCCUCAGCUGGAGCUGAAGGCGAGCUACGGCCUGGCUGAGCCGAUCGCCUUCGAGCUGCCGGCCCUCAGCGAGCAGUGCACCCCCGAAGUCUACGCCACCUUCGACCUGACCAAGGGGGCCAAGAACGACAAGGCCAAGGCCAAGGAGGAGGAGGUGAGGCCGGUGAAGGAGCCCGACCUGAAGCCCCAGAAGGACACGGGCUGCGUCGUCUCCUAGAGCCUCUGCAGCCUUCAGCCUCACGCUCCUGUAGCACCGACUGCAACGAUGGCGUCCGGUCUCCUUCUCAUGUAAAACCUCCAUAGGAAUUCUUUUGGAAGAUUAAUCCACAGUGUUGUACAUUCAUGCUGAAACAUUUAUUGUAUAUUGGUAAGAAAACCAUAAAGAGAGAGAGAGAGAGAGAGACAGUUUUAUCGACACUCCAUCGGGUUAGCUGAGGCCACAGUGAGAAGAGAGCGGCUUUAUCAAUGGUGCCUUUGGCUGAGGCCGGAUCCUAGAUGACUCAAACUGACCCAGACUGACCCCCCAGAGCGGCUCCAACAAACACGACGUGCACAAAGGCCUGACUUCUGUACUUAGCUCCAUAGGCUGGGAGAGAGAAACUGAAGAUAAUUGCGGCUUCAAAUCUGGCAAUGUGUGAACUUAAAAGACAGCGUGGUGCUGAAGUGAAACGUCUGCCCCUGUGUAAAGAAAGAAACAGGCCCAACCCGCCAAUCUGACAAUAACAGACUCCGCCUAUCGAUAUCAGGCGAUAUUAAAAUUUUAAGUCAACUUAAGCUGCCUUUCACAUUUAACUCUGUUUUAAAAGCUGCUGGCAAACUGCAGACAGAGUCCCUGACAUGAGAUUGGAAAAGAGAGAGAGAGAGAGCUCACAUAUUUUUAGGUUAUCUACCUUGUACUAUUCCCAGUUGGUUUUACAGCGUGCACGUAACUCAUUACGCGCUCACAGACGCAUCCCAGCUUUUCUGGAGCGAGGGACAUGAAGACAGAAUAUUCCACUCCAGUCAGAAUGUUUGAGGCUGAUUCAUCACGAUGUGUUCAUAGCAUCUCCUCAGCAAUGUGUCCGAUGUUUGUGAAAAUGGCAGCGUGAUCUACGGUGGCCAGCAGUGGUCAAAACAAGGGAGAAAAAAACACUAAAGCAAAAUUAGCUAAACAAUUUCCAGUCGUCAUAAAAUCUGGACGCAUGAGAACAGAAAUCCCAAAUGUUUGUGUGUAAUGUGUUUUGUCCUCUCCAGGCCGCCGUAUCGAUCACCAGUAAAGACUCUAAAUGAAUAAGACUGUUUAUUGUAUAUUAUGUUUUCUUCUGGUUACUUUUAGCUGUAGUCGUUUACAAUCAGUUAAUAUUCUAUUCUCUUGACAUACACAUGUAUUAUAGUCUUCUUCUCUUCUUUUUUUUGUAUACGACUCUGUUGUUUUCUACGUUGAUUUAAGGAAACCUAAUUCCUGGAUGAGGCUGAAUCGUUCUUUAACAUGAAGGUAGUAAUUUUAGGGAAGUUUUCCCUUUUUAACAGAGGUUCUUAAUUUAUUUCCGUUGACAUGUGGUGAUAUUUGAAAACACAACGCCGGUAUAAAGUCAGACUUUCCGUUUCUCUCAGUGUUGGAUGGUGAAGCAUGUGUGAAUGCAUCGAAUUAGAUCAGACGAAAUCAUUGUUCUAGCAGUAAGUCGCAGUGGACAUGCAGUGUAAACCCUUCUUUGAAUACGCAGAGAGGAUCUUCAGUGUUUACGGCUCUCGGUUAGCUUCACAGUUCUGUUUGCUGCACAUCUGUAUAAACUGUAACAUACUGCCGGUAUGAGCUCAUUUAACCUCCAUGUAUAGCUGCUCAUCCUGAACAUCGACGCUCAACCGCAGACCACACUGGCUUCUUUUAUGAAAGCACAUUCAGUGUAUUGCACUUUUUUUUUCUCCAAUUCUCGAAGGUAUCGUCGGCGUUCGACUUGGAUCUGAUUGCAGUUCAGUUGAAGUGUUCUGGGUGACAGUUGACCGUCAGGUCGUCUCAUCGCGCACUCUCUCGUAGCUCCUUCUUCUCUCCACGUAUCCGUCAUGUCAAAAUGUAUUUCAAAUGUUAUUAAAUCAUUCAGAAAGACU